CUCAGCUCCGGCUACUUCCUGUUCACAGCUCGACUGGGAAGUGGUAGAAAGCGAUGGUAUUCGGAAGAUAAUACAACUUUUAUGUGAAACCGGAGUAAAAGCUUACUCAAAAUGAGCUGGAUUCCCUUCAAGAUUGGACAACCGAAAAAACAGAUUGUCUCUAAAACUGUUGAAAGAGAUUUUGAGCGAGAAUAUGAUAAACUCCAAAAACUGGAGGAUCAGACAAAGAAACUUCACAAAGACAUGAAGAAAAGCACAGAGGCUGAUUUAGCCAUGUCAAAAGCUGCAGUCAAGAUCUCUGCAGAUCUGCUGAGUAACCCGCUGUGUGAGCAGGACCAGGCAUUCCUGGAAUCCAUGUCUUCUUUGGAUACAGCAAUGAGAAGGAUGGACGCCUUCAACCAGGAGAAGGUCAACCAGGUUCAGAAGACUGUUAUCGACCCUUUAAAAAAGUACAGCGGAGUUUUCCCCAGCCUGAAUAUGGCAGUGAAACGGCGGGAACAGGCGCUGCAGGACUACAAACGGUUGCAAUCCAAAGUGGAAAAAUAUGAAGAGAAAGAAAAAACGGGGCCUGUUAUGGUCAAACUACAUCAGGCGAGAGAAGAGCUUCGGCCGGUCAGGGAAGAUUUUGAGGCCAAGAACAAGCAGCUGCUGGACGAGAUGCCCAAGUUCUACCAGAGUCGUAUCGACUACUUCCAGCCCAGCUUCGAGGCUCUGAUCCGAGCCCAGGUGGUAUAUUUCACUGAGAUGUACAGAGUCUUCAGUGAGUUAACAGACCAGAUCGACCAGGCGGGCUUGACGGACGAGCAGAGGGAGAGGGAGACCGAGGCCAAGCUCAGCGAGUUGCGCGCUCUGUCCAUUGUCGCAGACGACUGAGGGGGAAAAGCCGGAUACCGGGAAGUGUUCUUUUCAAGCCUCUCUGAAUGGAUUCCACUCUUUUUCAAGAUCCUGCGGAGUUCAAGCCGACAGUAGCAGCCUUAACUUGAUUAUUUGUUUGUUUUUCUUGUGGCCUCAUCGCCUCCUAUUCCUCUUCAAUUACAUCCUAAAGUUUCUUUCUCUGUACAAAGACACUGUAACUCAAAGCAGCUGAAUGCCACAUUAACUAAGCCAUCUGCCAAGUGCGACACUAUAAGCCAAUAUGCUGUUGUUGUUUUUUAAGUAAAGAAAUCAAACAACUUUUGUGUGAACUAAUUUCCAGGGUUACACAACGUGGUUUCAGUGAUAUUUGUAAGCAGUUGUCUAAUGUAGUAAUCUUAACAAGAAAUUGUUUUCAUCAUCAACCGUUUUUCCAACAAUCUGUUACAGAUUUUGUUGCCCAACUCUGAAAUAAAGCGUUCAGAUUCAAUGUCAAAUACCGUAAUAAGACUGCAGGUUAUUGGCAAAUACAUUGUAGUUACCCGUGAGAGCUUUUUAUUUGGGGUUACAAUUGUGAUAUCUGUAACACAUUCUGUGAGUAAUGUGCCUGUAUUGUCCUUAUUUUAGAUGUAUCAAGAAAACUUAACUUGUGUUAAGUGAGAUGAUGCCUGUGCAGCCUUUGAUGGAUGGGAAGCUUUCUAUCCACACAAAACCAGGACUAGCACUCCCUCUAGUGGCAAAUGCAGAUUAUGACAUUCACAUCUCCUCUUUGUUCUAUUGUUGCUUAAACUCAAAGAACCUCACAUGAUUGGCAUGCAAGGAAAGUCCUUUCUCUUCACCUUCACCACUACAGAUGGAUGCCAGUUUAUAUGUUUGGCCAAAGCAUUUGCACUCCUUUGUUUCUCCAGGUGGAGCCUUGCUAUGAUACUAUGUGGUGAUGUGUACACAUUGAUUGUUCUUGUGUUGAGUUUUUUUUUAAGGUGUCACAAGUCCAAUAUUUAUUCUUUGUUCUGUCUUUAAUUAUUUGGAAGCUAACUGUGUUGUCCUGCAAUGCAGGUUGUUUGUGAAACACAAAGUAACUGUACUAAUGAAGGUGCUCUUUAGUUGUUUUUUUUCUUACAUGAUUUAAUUUUUUUUUUAAUUUCAGUGGUUUCUAGUUUUAAUGUAUUGCAAAAAAUCUGUAAUUUUUUUCAGCUCUAAUGUAUCAUCAGUCAUGAAGUAAAUGAACUGUGAGAGUAGCGAUUGAUUACUUUCUUAUUAAAGCUUUGGUGAGUUUAA